UUGUUGUGACUGGCCUUAUACAGGCCACUUGCGAGUGUGAUGUCGAACAGCAGCAAAUGAAUUUAUAACGGGAAAGGAUAUGCCGUGUCAGUUAGGCGGUUGGUCCGCGUGAUUGGAUAAACGUCGUGAAGCCUACGGGAACAUCUGGUUGGUUUGUGAAUUCCGUAAGCCACUUCGCCCUUUUUUGGCUUGUCACCUUUCGGCUUCCUGUUGUGUAUGUUCUCGCGAGUGUCAAUUGUUAUCGCGAUGUGGCUAAACAACAGAGUUCGAAACUUCAAACAUAACUCGGCUUCGACACCCUUGCCGAAACGCCCUCCGGAGACGAGGCUCUUGAGCCCUGUUGACGAAUUGUCACAGGAAGAUGAGGAAGAAGAAGCAGGGUUGCUUCUUGAUGUGCAACCAGCCGAAAUUGUAAAAAGGAAUGAAGAGAUCGGUCGACGAGCGCAAGAACGUUUGGCUGGAGAAAGCAAGGCGUAUGCAAUUGCAAUGAAUCGCCGGAGUCACCGACUGCAAGAAUCUUGUGCAAGAUAUAGCCCUGGUACCAGACGUGAUGACAUGGGAGUAAACGAGCGAACUGGUGCGCGUGAUUCGCAGCUCAAGUCGGAGGAAACGGAAGCUGCCAUCCAGUCAGCAGUGGACACAGCAUCUGUGGUAGCUGCUGCAACGACUACUGGUCUUUCAAGAGGUCCGAAAUUGAACACUGAAAUAUCAGCUGACGUUGACUUCACUGCUGGUACAGCAGCUGGCAAAGCAGCAGGUGUUGCCGCAGGAAGGUGCAAGGUCGGUAAAAUUGGUAAUAACGUCAAUGACUGGCCACAGGCUUCUGCAACGUCGGAGUCAGAGCCCACGGUGCAGCAGGAAACCACUAUCGGAAUCCAACAGCGCGUGACUCGAGAGGAUCCAGGUGAUUCAGAGACGAAACGGACUCCCUUAUCUAGUGCGAGUGGUGCGGAUGGCGGCCAGGUUGUUUCGCUUGCAUUACCACAGGAGGAGUUUCUCAUGCGUCCAGAGUCUUCUUCAGAAAGCGUCAAUAACCUAAGGCCGACAAUAGCUGUGAAGUCGCCUUCCAAGAGGGGGCUCGGACCGCACGAGGGCCAAGAACGAUGUAAAGGCAUAGAAAGUGAAACAUCGGAGUUAUCGUCAAUCAAAGAUGGACCAGAUCGCGAAGAAACGAUGCACCGAGAUUGUGAAACGCAACCACGAAUAGAACCUCAGCGUAGGGAGGAAGCCACAGCGGUUGGGAAUUCGAAGGCUGACUCGGUGCUUGAUGAGACCGAUAAGGGCUUGGUUGCACCUGCAUUGCCUGAGGUUAAAUCAAUAACGAUGAUGACAGAGAAGGUAGAGGGGCGAACUGAGCGAGGUGGCUCGCGGCGGGGCUCUCCGGCGCCCCAUUUGCAAAUCAGCUGUGAUAACACUAUCGACGUCAUUGCAUCCCCUGCGAAGCAACAGAUCGAAUCCGCGGAGGGUUCUAUUCGUGAGAUUUUUCAUGAAGACGCCACCAUAGCUAAGAAUAACAGAAAUAUCAGCGGAGAGGAAUGGAGUCGCACUCUUGAGAGCAAGCUCAUAGAUACGCUUUACAGCGAAAGUCUUCGCUAGUUGCGACAGGCACGUUUCCAUGCACGGACCGAACAAGGACAUACAACUUGGUGUCCUUCUAUUGCGGGAGGAAAGCCGUGACAUGGGAGGAGCGUUUCGGGUUUGUUUUCCCUUUUUCGGUGUGACUGCUAGCUCUUUUUUCUGUACAAGUUUCUCAUUUGUGGGAACUUCGAAUCAUAACGAUACAUCGCGCUAAUUCUAC